AGGGUCAUAAAUGAUGUCUUCUCUCUCUUCUUCAUACGUAGAACUUUUAAAUACCAUUGGGUUGAGGAAUAAGGAGGGCUCUUCCCACUUUCAUAGACAGUGAUAUACAUGAUAUACACAGCUUGGAACUUUUCAACACAGACAUUUCUUUGGAAGAAAUGGAAUCUACCCUUUCAGUGGACUUGUCAACUGGAACUGGAUACCUUCAAGAUGCCAUAGUUGCAUGGAACAAUCGCUGCAAGAGGAGAAGAAUAUCACCUUUCUGUCAUGAUAAUAUAGAUGAGUUUUCUAAGAAUUGUUGGAACUCGAUGGAUUAUGAAGACCCAUUUGUGAAAUUCGAAAGCUUGAGAGAGAACUAUAGUCCAGUUGCAGAAAGAAACCCUCUGCAGAAUUGGCUAAAUAGCACUGACAAAAGAUGGACGGCUCCACUGGAGAAGAUGCCUGGAGAACAUGAAUACCAAAUAAACCAACUUUUUGCUUCCUCUUUCUCUCACAUGGACUCAACCACCAUGGACCCACAAGAAGAAAAGGACCCCUCAGUAAUUAAGAAAAAUUGUUGUGUGAUAAAGAAAGUGGUGUACCCAUUUGAGAUGGUGAAGCCUGGAAGCAAUGAAGGGGACGUGACACUUAAUGACAUCAAUAAGAGAAUGCUUAUGAGGCCCACUAGGCCCGUUAUGCACCCUGUAGGGGACUUUGCUUGCAGGCCAUGCGUGACAGCCAGUGGGCUGGGACUUUCAGGAAAAGCAGUAGUGGCUUUAACUAGGAUACGUACAAGAGGGAGUGGCACUGUCACCAUUAUCAGGACCAGAGGUUGAGCAGAGAUUGAUUUACUUUGGGGAUGCUUUUACGGUUUAAUAAUGGAAUAUAUCUCCGAUCCAUAACCAAUAUGAUCACUGCUUUCAUGGUCAUUGGGCCGCAGUUUUAGUUCGUUCAGAAUCAUCAUGCUUCUCUCUUCUCUCUCUCUCUUUCUCUCUCUCUCUCAUAUUGUCUUUUACUUUUUCGAAGAGGAUGGGGAAAAAUGGUUGGUGUGGUUAAAGAUACCUUCUACAAUUCUACUUCAGCAAUUGGUUAUAUUCGAGUGUGGAUCAGGUUCUCAUAUGAGAAUUAUUCUUGUACGGUGUGAUCUACAAAAAUGAAAUCCAUUAUAGAGUUUUUCUUUGGGUGAA